GAGAGCUCUUGGCUCUAGCAGAAUCCAAAAUGAAGACUUUUGAUGCAAAUGACCUGUAUCAGGGACAGAAUUUCAGCAAAGUUCUCAGCUCUCUUGUGGCUUUAAAUAAGGUGACUGCAGACAUAGGGCUGGGCAGUGAUUCUGUAUGCGCACGUCCCUCAUCUCAUCGGAUAAAAUCUUUCGAUUCUCUGGGAUCGCAGUCUUUACACAGUAGAACUUCAAAACUCUUUCAGGGACAGUAUCGGAGUUUGGACAUGACAGAUAACAGCAACCAUCAGUUGGUGGUGAGAGCAAAAUUUAAUUUUCAACAGACAAAUGAAGAUGAACUUUCUUUUUCAAAAGGAGAUAUUAUUCAUGUUACAAGAGUGGAAGAAGGAGGCUGGUGGGAAGGAACUCUAAAUGGCAAAACAGGGUGGUUUCCAAGUAACUAUGUACGAGAAAUAAAAUCAAAUGAAAAACCGGUCUCCCCCAAAUCAGGUACAUUGAAGAGUCCACCUAAAGGCUUUGAUACAUCUGCAAUUAACAAAAGCUAUUACAAUGUGGUGCUACAAAAUAUAUUAGAAACAGAAAACGAAUAUGCUAAGGAGCUACAAACAAUGCUUUCAAACUACCUGCGACCAUUACAAGCCAGUGAAAAGUUAAACUCGGCAAAUACUUCAUACUUAAUGGGAAACCUGGAAGAAAUAAGUUCUUUCCAGCAAAUGCUUGUACAGUCUUUAGAAGAAUGCACCAAGUUGCCUGAAGCUCAGCAGAGGGUUGGAGGAUGUUUUCUAAAUUUGAUGCCACAAAUGAAAAGCUUAUACCUUGCAUACUGUGCCAACCAUCCAUCAGCAGUAAAUGUUCUCACAGAACACAGUGAGGAUCUAGGAGAAUUCAUGGAGACGAAAGGUGCCAACAGCCCUGGGAUCCUUGUACUGACCACGGGCCUCAGCAAACCUUUUAUGCGUCUGGAUAAAUACCCCACGUUACUCAAAGAACUUGAAAGGCACAUGGAGGAUUAUCAUCCAGAUCGUCCAGAUAUUCAAAAAUCCAUGACUGCCUUCAAAAAUCUUUCUGGACAAUGUCAAGAAGUACGGAAACGGAAAGAACUUGAACUACAAAUACUGACAGAAGCUAUCCGUUGUUGGGAGGGAGAGGAUAUUAAAACACUUGGCAAUGUGAUUUACAUGUCCCAGGUCAUGAUUCAGUGUGCUGGAAGUGAGGAAAAGAAUGAAAGGUAUCUUCUUCUCUUCCCUAACAUUUUGCUAAUGUUGUCUGCCAGCCCAAGAAUGAGUGGGUUUAUCUAUCAGGGAAAACUGCCAAUGACAGGAAUGACUAUCACAAAGCUAGAAGACAGUGAAAACCAUAAAAAUGCAUUUGAAAUAUCAGGAAAUAUGAUUGAAAGGAUACUAGUGUCUUGUAACAACCAACAAGAUUUGCAUGAAUGGGUGGAUCACCUGCAGAAGCAAACCAAAGUCACAACUGUUGGGAAUCCCACCAUUAAACCUCACUCUGUGCCAUCUCACACACUUCCUUCCCAUCCCGUAACACCCUCCAGCAAGCAUUCAGACAGCAAGCCAAUACCACUGACUCCUGCAUACCACACUCUCCCGCAUCCGUCACAUCAUGGGACUGCACAUACCACGAUAAACUGGGGACCUCUGGAACCUCCAAAAACCCCCAAGCCUUGGAGUCUGAGCUGCUUACGGCCUGCACCUCCAUUACGGCCUUCAGCAGCCCUUUGUUAUAAAGAGGAUCUCAGUAAAAGCCCUAAAACCAUGAAAAAGCUGCUUCCCAAACGCAAGCCAGAACGGAAGCCAUCAGAUGAAGAGUUUGCACUGAGAAAAAGUACAGCUGCUUUAGAAGAAGAUGCUCAAAUUCUUAAAGUCAUUGAAGCAUAUUGCACAAGUGCCAAAACACGUCAAACACUAAAUUCAAGUUCCCGUAAAGAAUCAGCUCCUCAAGUCCUGCUCCCAGAGGAAGAAAAAAUUAUUGUAGAAGAAACUAAAAGUAAUGGUCAGACUGUUAUAGAAGAGAAAAGCCUUGUUGACACAGUAUAUGCAUUAAAGGAUGAAGUACAGGAGUUAAGACAGGAUAACAAAAAGAUGAAAAAAUCAUUAGAAGAAGAACAAAGAGCUCGCAAGGACUUGGAGAAGCUUGUUAGAAAAGUUCUAAAGAACAUGAAUGAUCCAUCUUGGGAUGAAACCAACUUAUAACUAAUUUUUUCUUUUUUUUUUUUUUUUUUUCCUCCCCCCCUUUUUCUUUCUGUUGAAAGACCAGUUGUAAAACUGAGCUGGGAAGCCUUCUGACAUUAGUCAGUGUUGCAUCAAGAGCACUACAAAACAGGAUUUAACUGGAUCUAGUGAUUUCUUGCUCUGAACUAUAGAAAAGUCAAGCCAUUUACUGAAGCAAUCUGUACUUUAAGUGUGGAGACCAUGGAUCCUGAACUCUACUAAACUUAAUUUGUUUGCAUCUAAAUUACCUCAUUUUGCAGAAAGUGCAGCACCUGACUAAAAGUCCAUGUUUUUCAGUGGCUUUUUAAUUAAAU